AUGCCGCUGAAACCCGGUGCAAAUCCCUACAAAAUUCUGGGUCUCGAAACGACAAAAUGCACCGAAAAAGAAAUCACAAAAGCCUAUCGUGCACAGUGUUUGAAGUGGCAUCCGGACAAGAAUUUGGACAAUAAAGCGGAAGCGGAAGCGCGAUUUAUUGAGGCGAAAGAGGCUUUUGAAUUUCUGUUUGAUGAGCAGAAAAGGGUGAGUUCUGAAAAUGCUGAAAUUUGGCUGAAAAUGAGCCAGAAUUCGAAAAAUUUGGCUGAAAAUGAGCUAAAAUUCAUGGUUUUUGAUGAAAAAUGGGCCAAAAAUCGUGAAAUUCGGCUGAAAAUGAUGGAAUUGCUCAUUUUAAGCAUUCUCUCCAUGUUCAGCACGAAAUUUUGAACUAGAAAUAUUGAUUUUUCUAGUCAGAAGGUCAGGGGAUCGAUCCCUACCCGAGGCACCAAAUUUUUUUUUUUAAAUUUUUUUAAAAUCAGUUUUUCGCGCUGAAAAUGACGGCAUUGCUCAUUUUAAGCAUUCUCUUCAUGUUUAGCACGAAAUUUUGAUCUAGAAAUAUUGAUUUUUCCAGUCAGAAGGUCAGGGGAUCGAUCCCUACCCGAGGCACCAAAAUUUUUCAAAAAAAAUGUUUUUAGAUCAGUUUUUCGCGCUGAAAAUGAUGGAAUUGCUCAUUUUAAGCAUUCUCUUCAUUUUCAGCACGAAAAAUUGAUCUAGAAAUAUUGAUUAUUCCAGUCAGAAGGUCAGGGGAUCGAUCCCCACCCGAGGAAACUUUUUUUUUUUUUGAAAAUUCAAGUUUUCUAGCUCAAAAUGCUCCAAUUUUCACGAUUUUUGGCUCAAAAACCGCAAAAAAUCUCGAAUUUUCGCAGAAUGAAUACGAUAAAGCGGAAGAACGCGUGCGGAUUGUCGAGGAGCGGAAUCGUGAGCGGAUGGAGAAAGCGGACGGUACGCGGAAGAAAUUGAUUGAGGAAUUGAAUCGCAGAGAAACAGAGUUUAGCGAAAGCCAGAAACGACGUGGAAAUACGGUAGAUGAUGACGUGGCAAAAAUGACACCGACACAGGCGGCGAAAAAGAGGAAAUUGGAUGUUAGUGAGAGGUUUUGGGGGUUCCGGAGCUGAAAAUUCGGAUUUUUCAUGAAAUUUUGGGUCUUGGAGUGAAAAAAUUGAAUUUUUAAGGUCAUAGAGCGAAAAAAUCCGAUUUUUUGAGUCCUGGACCGAAAAUUUCUGAUUUUUCUGGUCCUGGACCGAAAAUUUCGGAUUUUUCUGGUCCUGGGCCGAAAAUUUCGGAUUUUUCAGGUCCAGGACCGAAAAUUUUGGAUUUUUCUGGUCCUGGACCGAAAAUUUCAGAUUUUUCUGGUCCGGGAUCGAAAAUUUCGGAUUUUUCUGGUUCUGGACCGAAAAUUUCGGAUUUUUCUGGUCCUGGACCGAAAAUUUCAGAUUUUUCUGGUCCGGGAUCGAAAAUUUCGGAUUUUUCUGGUUCUGGACCGAAAAUUUCAGAUUUUUCUGGUCCGGGAUCGAAAAUUUUAGAUUUUUAUGGUCCUAGACCGAAAAUUUCGGAUUUUUAUGGUCCUAGACCGAAAAUUUGGGAUUUUUCUAGUCCUGUACCGAAAAUUUGGGAUUUUUCUGGUCCUGGACCGAAAAUUUUGGAUUUUUCUGGUCCUGGACCGAAAAUUUUGGAUUUUUAUGGUCCUAGACCGAAAAUUUCGGAUUUUUAUGGUCCUAGAUCGAAAAUUUGGGAUUUUUCUAGUCCUGUACCGAAAAUUUUGGAUUUUUCUGGUCCUGGACCGAAAAUUUCGGAUUUUUCUGGUCCUGGACCGAAAAUUUGGGAUUUUUCUGUUCCAGGACAAAAAAUUUGGGAUUUUUCUGUUCCAGGACAAAAAAUUUGGGAUUUUUAUGGUCCUGGACCGAAAAUUUUGGAUUUUUAUGGUCCUAGACCGAAAAUUUCGGAUUUUUAUGGUCCUAGACCGAAAAUUUGGGAUUUUUCUAGUCCUGUACCGAAAAUUUUGGAUUUUUCUGGUCCUGGACCGAAAAUUUUGGAUUUUUAUGGUCCUAGACCGAAAAUUUCGGAUUUUUAUGGUCCUAGACCGAAAAUUUGGGAUUUUUAUGGUCCUAGACCGAAAAUUUCGGAUUUUUAUGGUCCUAGACCGAAAAUUUUGGAUUUUUCUAGUCCUGUACCGAAAAUUUGGGAUUUUUCUGGUCCUGGACCGAAAAUUUUGGAUUUUUCUGGUCCUGGACCGAAAAUUUUGGAUUUUUAUGGUCCUAGACCGAAAAUUUCGGAUUUUUAUGGUCCUAGACCGAAAAUUUGGGAUUUUUCUAGUCCUGUACCGAAAAUUUUGGAUUUUUCUGGUCCUGGACCGAAAAUUUCGGAUUUUUCUGGUCCUGGACCGAAAAUUUGGGAUUUUUCUGUUCCAGGACAAAAAAUUUGGGAUUUUUCUGUUCCAGGACAAAAAAUUUGGGAUUUUUAUGGUCCUGGACCGAAAAUUUUAGAUUUUUAUGGUCCUGGACCGAAAAUUUUGGAUUUUUAUGGUCCUAGACCGAAAAUUUCGGAUUUUUAUGGUCCUAGACCGAAAAUUUGGGAUUUUUCUAGUCCUGUACCGAAAAUUUUGGAUUUUUCUGGUCCUGGACCGAAAAUUUCGGAUUUUUCUGGUCCUGGACCGAAAAUUUGGGAUUUUUCUGUUCCAGGACAAAAAAUUUGGGAUUUUUCUGGUCCUGGACCUAAAAUUUCGUAUUUUUCUGGUCCUGGACCGAAAAUUUUAGAUUUUUAUGGUCCUAGACCGAAAAUUUCGGAUUUUUAUGGUCCUAGACCGAAAAUUUGGGAUUUUUCUAGUCCUGUACCGAAAAUUUGGGAUUUUUCUGGUCCUGGACCGAAAAUUUUGGAUUUUUCUGGUCCUGGACCGAAAAUUUUGGAUUUUUAUGGUCCUAGACCGAAAAUUUCGGAUUUUUAUGGUCCUAGACCGAAAAUUUGGGAUUUUUCUAGUCCUGUACCGAAAAUUUGGGAUUUUUCUGGUCCUGGACCGAAAAUUUUGGAUUUUUCUGGUCCUGGACCGAAAAUUUUGGAUUUUUCUGGUCCUGGACCGAAAAUUUCGGAUUUUUCUGGUCCUGGAUCGAAAAUUUCGGAUUUUUCUGGUCCGGGAGCGAAAAUUUCGGAUUUUUUGGGUCCUGAGCCGAAAAUUUCGGAUUUUUCUGGUCCCGGACCGAAAAUUUCGGAUUUUUCUGGUCCCGGACCGAAAAUUUCGGAUUUUUAUGGUCCCGGACCGAAAAUUUCGGAUUUUUCUGGUCCCGGACCGAAAAUUUCAGAUUUUUCGAGCCCUGGAGCUUAAAAUUCGGAUUUUUCUGGUCCUGUAUCGAAAAUUUUGGAUUUUUCUGGGUCUCGCAGCGAAAAUUUUGGAUUUUUCUGGUCCUGGACCGAAAAUUUGGGAUUUUUCUGGUCCUGGACCGAAAAAAUCAGAUUUUUUGAGUCCUGGACCGAAAAUUUCGGAUUUUUCUGGUCCUGGAGCUUGAAAAUUGGAUUUUUUUGGUCCUAAAGCGAAAAAAUCGGGUUUUCUGGGUCUCGCAGCGAAAAUACAGUACCCAGACCGAAAAAAAUGAAUUUUUCAUCGAAAUUUGGGUCCCACCGCGAAAUUUUUGGCGCCAAAACCCUCCGAAUUCAAAAAUUUGUUCCAGGAAAAUCGAAUCCGCGACGAAAUGGAACAGGUGCGGAAACAACUGGAACGCGAGGCGAACGAAGAAGUGCAGCGGCAGAUGCGGAGAGUCCGCGAAGCCGCUGCGGAAAGCGCCGCCGCGGAAAAAUCCGCGCCGAAAUUGAUUGUGAAAUGGGUGGAGAAAGAUGGUGAUGGAUAUGAUGAAGUGGAGUUGAGGAGGAUUUUUGAGCAGGUUGGGCCUAGACAAGCCUAUUUUAGGCCUGAAAAUUUGGGAUUUUUCGAGUCUAGACAACCCUAUUUUGGGCCUAAAAAGCCUGGUGUUUAGGCCUGAAAAUUUGGGAUUUUUUGAGACUAAACAAGCCUAGUUUUGGGCCUCGAAAGCCUAGUUUUUAUGCCUGAAAAUUUGCUAUUUUUGAGCCUAAACAAGCCUAGUUUUAGGCCUGAAAAGCCUACUAAAUAUAGGCCUUAUUUAGGCUCAAAAGUUAGCUUUUUUCAAGCCUAAAAAGGCCUAGACCUAAAUUCUAGCCAAAAUUCAAUUUCAGUACGGAAAAAUCGCGCAAAUCUCCUCAAUCAUCGCCAAAAAAUCCAGGAAAAAAUGCAUAAUUGAAUUUGAGCCCACUGAAAAAAAUCUAUGGGGAGCUGAAAUUGAGCAAGGCAAAACUGGAAAACCGGAAAUCGCGGCAGAAUGGAUUUCCGCACCGCCUGUGCGGAAAGAUGCGGAAAAACAGAAGGGAAAUGGUGAGUGCCGCACGGUUUUGUGGGCGUGGCCAAUUUCAAAUUUUUCUUCCAGAUCUCAAUCAAAUGUCGCUGGAAGACCUAGAAGCUCAAAUUCUUGGAGGAAUUUAA